AUGGAAUGCACUCAUCCUUCUCAUCAUCCUAUCUAUCCUCCUUCAACAAAACAAAAACAUGCAGGAAGCAUUGGUGUUAAUUAUGGCUUAAAUGGAGACAACCUCCCAAUUCCUGCAACAGUGGUGCAACUCUUCAAUUCUCAUGGCAUCCAAAAGCUAAGACUCUUUGCACCAAACAAUCAAGUCCAACAAGCACUAGAAGGCACAAACAUAUAUGUAUCUCUUGGAGUAGCAAACGAUGAUCUAGCAAAUCUAGCAGGAAGCCAAGCAGCAGCAAAUGAAUGGGUGGGAACCAACAUCCUUCCAUUCAACAAAACACUCUACCAGUAUGUCACAGUUGGCAAUGAAGCCAUCCCAGGACCAAACUCUCAGCAAGUUGCACCAGCCAUGAGAAACAUCAAAACUGCAUUAAACUCUGCAGGACUGAGUCAAAUCAUGGUUACAACAGUGAUAGCAGACACUGCACUCUCUUUUUCAUUCCCACCAUCUCAAGAGUAUGCACAGUUUACAGCACCUGGGACUGUGGUUCAUGAUCAUGGAUUGGAGUACCAGAACUUGUUUGAUGCUAUGGUGGAUGCUUUUUAUGCAGCAAUGGAGAAUGUUGGAGGGGGAAGUGUGGGGAUUGCUGUGUCUGAAACUGGAUGGCCAAAUGGAGGGCAGAGUGGAAUCACAAGCCCAGUUUUGGCUGAGACUUAUAAUCAGAAACUCAUUGAUCAUGUUAAGAAUAAUGGAACUCCAAAAAGGCCAAGUUAUGUGAUGGAUGUGUUCGUCUUUGCUAUGUUUAAUGAGAACCAGAAGACACCUGGAGUUGAGCAGUGCUUCGGCUUGUUUUUAUCCUAA